CAGUAGAGAAGGGGCUGUUCGGCCCGUCGUGCCUGUGCUGUCAAUUACACCUUUGUUGCAAUGCUUCAUCUGUCGCACAAUGCACUUGCAGUGUGUGGGGAUAACUUAAUGAUUUAUUCCAGUUUAACCUCCCUGUGCACGGUCCUCAGAGUGGAAUAAGGUACAGUGUGCCAGUUCAUUCGCCCUUGCCUUAUAUGUUGUGCAUCAGGGCAACAAAUAGGCUCGGAGUGGCCACACAGAUUGUGCCCUUUCCUGUGACUGAGAGGGCAACUUUGCUCUCCCUCAGUGUCGGUGUAGGGAGGCAAUGUUAAACAAUGGUCACUGCUCCUCUCUUUAUUACCCCUACUUGGACUUGACGGUAGCGGUGACGAAACAGGCGAAUGGUUGGGGCCGGGCUCCGUUAGAGUGAGAAACUCCUCCCUUGCUUUUCAGACAAACAACCCCCUUCCAACCGCCAUGGUGUCAUGGAUCAUCUCUAGAUUAGUCGUGCUGGUUUUUGGCACACUUUAUCCAGCAUAUUCAUCUUACAAGGCUGUAAAAACAAAGAAUGUCAAAGAAUACGUAAAAUGGAUGAUGUACUGGAUCAUAUUUGCACUGUUCACCACAGCAGAAACCUUCACAGAUCUAUUUCUCUCCUGGUUUCCAUUUUAUUAUGAACUUAAAAUUGCUUUUGUUAUUUGGCUGCUCUCUCCUUACACAAAAGGCUCCAGCGUUCUCUACAGGAAGUUUGUGCACCCAACACUCUCUUCUAAAGAACAGGGAUUACAGAGCUCUGAGAUGCUGAGGGAUCUGGGUGUCCUAGCGCAUGAAUCAUACAAGGAGAUUGAUGAUUAUUUGAGCCAGGCCAAGGAUCGGAGCUAUGAAGCUGUGGUGCAGUUCGGAAGGCGUGGAUUGAAUGUGGCAGCAACUGCUGCUGUCACAGCCGCUGCCAAGGGACAAGGAGCUCUGUCGGAAAGGCUACGAAGCUUCAGCAUGCAGGAUCUGACGACAAUUCGAGGGGAAAAUCUCGACAGUCCCAGCGAACAGAUAAGUAACGCACAGACCCAAGCCCAGAGCCCACCACGGAACAUCACAGAGACAGUUGAUAACUCAGUUUUUAAAAAUGGCAUCAUUUUCAAUAUAAUAACAGGUGAUGAAGUAAAUAUUGAUCAGGGUCCAAGGUCAGAUGAAGAGCAGUAUAAGACUAAAGCAGUAGAGGAUUCUGAUGAGGAGAUAACAGGAGCCGUGCUCAAUCGCCCCCAUAAACCACUUAGAAAAAAGAUGCAACGUCCUGAGGUAGAACCAAGACACCCUAAGCCACCUCCCAGAAAGAGAAGCGCCACAACUUGUAACAGUGAAUCCAUGUGAUGUUGAGGAGCCAUUGGACUACAGUCACCUGGAUUUGACCUCUUGUUUUACUGUCCUGCCUUCACGAGCCAAACACCAUGUGACACACUGGGAACCGCUAAGAAACCACUGGCUGGAAAGUGCUUCACGUUUUCUGCAGAUGCCUUUAGCGGCUACCUAUAAGUAUAAUCUGCAUCAAAACAUAUUUUCUUUUCUUUGUUUGCUUUACAUGAAGUGGUGAAACAAAAUUCAGAGUGAUGCUGAAAUAAUUGAAAUGUUUGUAUAUCCAGCGCGUCUUCACUUUUGUGUAAGAACAUUCCAGCACGUCCGUAGUACUCAACCAUCAGAAUUAGUUAUUUUGCUUCAGAACAAUCUUAUAAAAAAAAAGUUCAAAAUUUUGAACUAUUAUUUAUGUAAACUGGGAUAUCUGCCCUACUGUACGCAGGUAUAUCCGUUAUACUAUACACAGGUAUAUCUGUCAGUAUGUAGGCAUGUAUGCUAUUCUGUUCACAGAUAUAUCUAUUACAAUGCAGACAGGCAUGUGUUAUGCUGUGCAGAAGUGUAUUUAAUGUACUGUACAUGUUUAUAUACGUUGCACUGUACACAGGUAUGUAUAAUGAAUUGUGUAUGGUAUACCUGACGUAUUGUGCGCAGUAUAUCUGUUUCAUUGUACACAGGUAUAUCUCUUGUACUGUAUGCAGGUAUAUCUGUUGUAUUUGUAGUUGGGUGUGUUUGUUGUAUAAGUUGAAACUCAUAAGCACAUUGUGCACAAAGUUAAGACAGUAAAAUUGACAAGGCUAUCAGGAUUAUUUUUCUUUUGAGGAGAAGAAACGUUCUGUGACUCUUGCACUGUUGACGAUGACAGAAGUUUUAUUUUUGCACCAAAAUACAAAGUGUAACUGCUUUUAUGUUUACUUAUGGAACAGUGAGACUUAACAAAUAUUCUGGGAUUCCCUGUUCACUGCUGUGUAGUUUUCAGCACAACAGAGUCCAUUCAGGAAGCAAAAGAGUCAACCUCCUCUCUGUGUUCCUCAUAGCGUUUAGCCUAUGUGGCAUUUGCUAAGUGGCAGGCAGGAUUCAUAUUUAUUAAGAGGGUUACGUGCUCAAACACUGAUUUUUAUUUUGAGUUGGAGAGGAAGAAGUGAAUUAAUAUCGGAACAUCGGAGUAGGCCAUUCGAUCCCUUGAGCCUGUUCUAUCACUCAGUGAGAGCACAGGUGAUCUGUACCUCAACUCCAUUUACCUGCCAAUGCUCCAUCUCUCAAUCACAGUUUUGAAACUUAAUGUACUCCUUCCUUUGAAAAUCAAGAUCUGAGCUGGUCAAGCUCGUGAUUAAACUGUCAGUUUAGCUGAAGAGGCCCAGUGAGGACAUUAUUGCACAAACAAUAAAUUAAUGGAAUGAUACAGGUCUAUAUCUUUUUUUUGUGUUGAAUUUCUCAUUUUUAUCUGAAUAUUUAGGGUACUUUCAGUAGUUGCUUUCAAAUCAUAAAAAACACCACAACAGAACGCCCUGUUGGUCUCCAGUGGUGAAAAUAAUUGAGUGUGAUUACAGAAAUGUGGGUGAGCCAAAUAUAAUUGUCCCACCAUAACCAUUUCUGUGUAAUGGGACAUUUCUGUGUAAAAUUUUAUGAUGUUAUAAUAUCGUAAGAGCCCCUGUGAAAAGUAUCACUAGUGUCAAUUGUGGUCUCAAGAAGAUAUGUUGAUAGGAACUAGGAAAGAAAUAUCAUUAGAAUUACAGCCUAAAAAUUGCAUCAAACACAAUUAUGUACAUAUGUACAUCAUCUCUAUAUUAAACAGGCUAGUGUUUCUGUAAAAUGGCAGACAAGGGAAUUUGAUAUAUGUAUGACAGAUGUUCCUUCCAUUAAUAUCAGAUAGCAUAUACCAUUUACCAUUAAAUAAAUAAUUGUGGAAACUUCUUGACUACUUAAGAAAAUAUAUUUUUCACUCCCUUCACUUAAACUUUUUCCCCUUCCUCUAUGAUAUCCAAUAUUCUCUGAGCAGACAUGGCCGAGGGGCAGUGUUCAGCUGUUGCUCAGCUGGUGUCACUUGCCUUUGAGUCACAAGGUUGUGGGUUCACAUAACACACCAGGGAUUUGAGCACAAAAUCUAGGCUGACACCUCAGUGGAGUACUGAGGGAGUGCUGCACUGUUGGAGUUGCUGUUUUUUGGACAAGACCCAGAUCGGGGUUUUAUGGGGCAGUUGGUGAUUCCGUCUACCAGCCGGAAAGUUGGGGGCAACUCUGCUUUGGCUGGUCGUGGAAGCACGAACUGCAUUUUACAAGCAGCAGCGGCAAUUAACUGCAGCCGAGAUUCCCAUCCCUUUGCCAACACUUUUCCAUGUCCCAGUCAACUGGUCAGCAGUUCUUCACUCCCAGCGGUGCCACUGAGAGCAGUGACCACAGCUGGGAUUGCAGCCAGACAGCAGCAGUAUCCAUGGAGAAGUCCCGGGGGCAGCCCUUCCCGCUGAGGAGCCCUCCAAGGACCCACAAGGUGCCCAAUCAGGAGAGGUCCCCCUUCCAAGCCCACGAGGACCCUGGUGGUCUCCUCAUUGUUGCAAAGUGCCCACUCAUCACUGGUUAAAAUAUCAGUGGUGGUGGGAAGAGGCUCAUAAAUGGUCCUAAUAAUUGGCUGCCUGAAGCCCUAAAUUCGCCGAAGGGUGGGAGGGCUGCCCAGCAUUUUUCCCGCCACUGGCAAAACUCCAGCAGCAGCGGCAGGAAGGCCAUGGACACGUCACCCUCUGGCUAUCCCACUUGACUUUAUGCUGCCCCCCACUUCCCUGCGCUCUCCAAGGGAUCCUGUAAAAUCCUGCCCUCGUCUCCCCACCCAAGGUGAUUGUAAAAAAUCCAAUGAUGCUAUUUUGAAAAAGAGUGGUUGAAUUUUCCAUGGUGUCUCAGCCAAUAAUAACCAUUCAAACCGCGUCACAAAAACAGAUUAUCAGAUCACAAUUAUACUGCUGUUUGUAGAAACUGGCCGGGCACAAAAUUGUUUGCUGCAUUUGCUACACUCCCACAUCUAAAAUAAUUAAUUUGCUGUAAAGUGCUUUGGGUCAGGAAAGGUAGCAUAUAAAUUCUAUACUCAGGUCUUUGCUGUUUAUCUGGCAGCUCUAUAACUUCACAGGAAGUUUCUGGGUUAAUCCAUGCUCCAUGACAGUUCCCAUCAUAACCUAGCUGACGACUGGAACUGGUGGUGGGGAGGGGCUGAGAGAACUGGCGGGCCCUCAUGCUGUGCUUCAGGGCAGCAGUUCUUCACUGCAAAGCCUCAACAGGCCAUCCAUACUGCAAAUUUCUGACGCUGGAGAUGUCAGUGCAAAUCGUAGGGAACAAAAUGCGGCGACUGAUCCACAAGUUACUUUCUCGGUUUAUUUUGGUGCAAACCAUUGUCCAGGCGUUUGAAUCUAGAAGGGCCACAUGACUCAUGGAUUUGUGUGUUGCGGAAGAAAGCGUAUUUGAGAGCGUGCUUACAGUCUCGGAACGCCAGAGGCAUGCAUUAAACUGUAGCUGGCAUACGGUAUAGGGGAUGUGUUCAGUUGAUAGAUCUUCCCUUUAAUAUGUAGGACUGGCCUGUUUGCUUGUGAUUAAUCGUGUGUACUUUAGUAUUCCAUUAGCUUGUUACUUCAGGAACUCACUAUUGCCUCCUUGUUUAGCCUUAGGACAUCUUCAGAUGAGACGUUAAACUUACACCCUAUCUGUCAUCUCGGGUGGAUGUAUAAGUUCCCAUCGCAUGCUUUAGAAAUAGAUCAGGAGAGUUCUCUCUGAUGUCCUAGCCAAUAGUCAUCCUUCAUAACACCUGAAAACAAAUUAUUUGGCCUUUAUCACAUUAAUGUUUGUGGAGCCUUGCAGUGUGCAAAUUGGCUGCUACGUUUCCUACAUUACAACAGUAGCACACUUCAAAAAAGCACUUCAUUGGACCUCCAGAAAGGCACUAUAUAAACAUAAGCUGUCAUUUAUUUUCCAUGCUAAAUUGGCAAAUGCAUCAAGUUUCUUAAAGUUACCCUGUUCUGAACGUAAGUUACUCCUUGCAGUUUAUCAAUUGUUUUCUUACCUACAAACAUCAAGGGCAUUUUUUUUUCCAUCGUUGUAAAGUUGAACAGUACAUUGGAAAGACAAAUAUAUUAAAAACUAAUUAUAUGGUAUGUAUGAGUUCCAAUAUUGCCUUUCUUUUCUAAAUACUACGAAGCUUGGGUUUUCUGCAGUGUCCUUGUCAAAUGGCUUUGUGUAUACUAAAGUGCUGCUAACCCAUUGUGUGUUAAGUAAGUUUUUCCAAUUAAUGCUACCAAUAUGAUUGAACAAUAUUUCAAACAUUUUGUGCCGUUAAGGGUGAUAUUACUUAAAUACUACAAAAGAAGCAGCAUGUUCCAAGCCAAUUGCAAUGCAGAUCUAUGUGGCAGCAUUUGGGCUGUGUGUGGGGGUCUCUUAAUAGCUAACCCAAUAUAGGGACUUUCUUAAUAACUAACCUAAUAUUGUUCCUUUCUGAAAGUGUUCAGUUUAAUUAUGGUUUCCUCUUCUGUAACUUUCCACCCAAUGUCAUGGGGAGUGGCUGUUCAAUAGUGAUGGUACUUCCUUUGUAAAUGUAUUCUUAAACUGGUGAAUAUUAACAUAAGUGUCAGGAAGUCUUACCUGUUUCUAUUGGGCUAAUUUAAUGGUUCCUAAAAUGUUUAUUGCAGGACAUGAGGUCUUUGUGCCCUCACCGGCCUGUGAUUUAAUUGGGGUCUGAUUAGCACAGAAGCAGAAAACCUUGAAAAAUAACUUUAGUUGGCCUUUGAAGCUGCAUGCAUGCAUGCAAGUAGAGUUAGGUUUUGAAGGUAAAAUGUGCAGAAUGAACAUGUAUUUUAACUAUAAAUGUCAUCAAAUCUCAUCUUUCAUAAAGAUCAUUUCACACUAAUGCAACCACAAAGUGUCUUACAGAUCUUUUGCAAGGCUUGAACUCUGCCUGAAUGAACUGGUUUGCUUAGUUUUAAAUAUACACAGUGGAUUGAUAUUCCUAAUAUGACUUGGGGCCUCUUAGGGCCUAACUUCCCUUUCCCCAGUAGACCAGGGCUCUCAGUGGACAUGCUGGGGCCUCAAUUCCUCAGCGUCCCAAACCUGAUGGUACCAGCAAUGGUAUGCCAGAAUGGAGAGGCCUGAGGACCGACGUAAAUUCAUCCUCUGUCGUCAUCAGUAUUAUAAAUAAUAUAGUCAAAACUUUGAACAAACUCUAUGAAGCGUAUGAGGGAAGAGCAGGUAAGAACUACUGUUGAUAACUCCAAUGUAAAUCAAACAAUUGAACGGUCAUGAUGAGUCAAAAAGGCUUCUUAAUGUUUCUAAAUUUGUAAGCUUUAUUCUAGGUGGAAUGGAAUUAAUCUAGUCAAUGAUAUGCUAUAUUUUAGAAACUCUGAUUUAAAUGUUAUUGACGUCCUUCCAUCUACAAGAGAUGAUGAACAUGCAGCAAACAAUUCAUUUAGGUGUGGUAUCUUCAUUUGUUACAUCUUUACUGAUGGUUUGAAGGCCAAUCCUUGAGAGGCAGGCUCUGCCACAAGUGGUGCGAUGAAGCUGCCACCUGUUGUGGGUUGUUGUUUUCAGCUUUGGCACCUGUUGCCGAGUUGCUGUAGCCACUGGUCGGCAUGGUUGUGCACACCAAUUCACUAGAACUGUUGCCAUUUCCCUGUUUCACCAGCUAGUGACUCUAAGGUGUGAAAGAUAGUUGAAGUUUAGGACCUUCAUAUCACACUUGCAAACAUCCUUGAAGAGGAGUCUUGGGCGCCUUACUGGUCGUCUGGCUCUGGCUACCUCCUCAUAAAGAAGGUCAUGUAACCAUCUUCUGGCAAUAUUAAUGGACGAUACCAUCAGACCAGGUAAAGAUAACAGCUUUCCUUCCCUACAGGACAUUAGGGAAUAGUUGUGGUCUUAUGACUGUUUCAAGGUCACUCUUACUGACACUGCUUUUUUAUUUACUAGAUUUAAAAAAAAAACUGAAAUCAAUUUCUCAACUUGCUAGGGUGGGAUUUGAAUUCAUGUUCUGUGGAUUACUAGUUCAGUAAUACUACGUACAUUAAUAAUUUAGAUUAAACUGAAGACAAAAUACUGAGUUCACUGACACUCAAGACUGUCUUCAGGGGGUUUUCUGUCAAUGUGCAGCAACCACGUAGAGCUUUACAAGACAUGAAUCAAUAUGUUAAAGGACUAGAUCUCGAUGCCAGGCUAAAUCCUGGCCAUAAUCCUGGCAAGGGGGCACAGAUUCAAACUGAAUGUUAGGGUAGGUGUCAGGAAGGUUGUUAUAAAAAUUGUGCUCAACACAUAAAAUGGGCUUUGAAAUAGAGUAGUGCUGGCUUUUAGGAUGAAGCUGGAUGGUGUGAUGGGAGGGACAUAAGGAUUUUCUCCUGAGUGGAUGGGCUGAACAGAUUUCCAAAUCCUGAUCAAUUUGUGAUCAAGCGGGAAAUGGCCGAGGUUUCCUCAUGAUUCUGAUUUCGUUUUUUUUGGAUGUAAAGAAUGAUUUUCUACUUCGGAUUCCAAGAUGGCAAAAUGAGACAUAACUGUGCAAUUUGCGGUCUGCUGUGUAAACCCGUUAUUGUGCCACGGAGAUUUGCCUGGAAUUAAAUGACAGCUGUACAUAGUGUUUCAAAACACUCAGGGUGUUAAAGAGAUUUAAGAAGUUUGUCAAGUUUUGUUGACUCAUCGAGGCUUGGGCAGGUUCUUGGAAAUCAUAGUUUUAUUUAAAAUUCACAGUGUUCAAAUCUCUUACUGGCCUUGUCCCUAUCUCUGUAACCUCCUCCAGCUCUUCAGAGUCUCUAAUGGCCUUGUCCCUAUCUCUGUAACCUCCUCCAGCUCUUCAGAAUCUCUAAUUCUCUGACUCCAAACUUUUGGGCAUUCUGUGUCCCCCCACAACCCACCCACCAACUCCCUUUGCCAAUCAUGGUGAGCAUGCCUUCAGCCAUGCCCUCUGCCUCUCCACCUCCCUCACACCCUCCUUAAAAAGUAUAAAUUCUCUCGUGGAUCAGCAUCCUUUUUUUUCCCUUUUCACUCCUGUGAAACACCUUGGGGCAUUUUCCCUACAUUAAAGGCGCAAAAUAAAUCCAAGUUCUGGUGACAAAAUAGAAAACAUCAGCACUUUCCUUCUAUUGGAGUAGAAUUAUUUUCCCCACAUUUUGUUUCUAGAAAUGUGAAUCUUAUUACCUGGUUAUUACCUGGAAUGUAUUGCCUGGGAGGGUGGCAAAAGCAGACUCAAUAGAAGCUUUGAAAACAGAAUUGGAAACAUACUUGAAAAAGGAAAAAAAUGCAGGGCUGUGAGGAAAGAGCAGGUGAGUGGGAUUAAUUGGGUAGCUCUUUCAAAGAGCUGGUGCAGACAUGAUAGGCAGAAUGACCUCCUUUUGUACCAGAAAAUUCUUUAAGGCACUUGACCUAGCCCAGUGACAUGGCUGGAAACCAACCUUCACUAAUGGCAUAUUGCCAAGUUUCUAUUGAUCCCAUAAGACUCCUGUCAACCAGUUUGCUGUAUAAACACAAUAUAGUUGUAACUAAAAUUUAUCUCCUAUCAUUUGAAACAGUAGGUGUGAAUAGAAUUUCUGAGGGAUACCAUUUCUUUGUGUGCUGGUAUCAUGAUUAUAUUCUCAAACAUUCUUCAUGUAGUAGGCUGGAUAAUAAAAAAAAGCAAAAAAAAAUUAAUAGUUAGAUAGGCUAGAAGCGAUACACUGGUGUUAAGUGUUGAGCACACAACUAUUAACUAAUCUGAUCUUGCACUGCAAUAGUGGGCAACAGUCUGGAUGUGUGCUGCCUUAUCUCCCGAGUACAAAAUCACUGUGCUAGCUUGUUCACAUACAGACACAUCGAAUGCGAAUGUAAAAAGAAUUUCAUGUUUUUGUAAUAAUUAUAUUGACUUAACUGUAAUGCAGACUGUGCUAUACGACACUGUGCAUCUAUACAAGAAUGAUGUACAUGUCAAAAUAUGUACUUGUACUUUUCAUUGGCAUAUAUUUAAGAUAAUUUGUUUGCGAGAUGCACUGGUUUUAAUAUCUUUAACAAACAAUAGGCUAAUGAGGAUAGAUGGUGACCGUCUUAAUUUCUACUGUGUUGUUUUUUCUUUCUGGUUUGCAAAAAUCUUUUUAUUUCUUUAAAGUUGCAACAAAUAACUGCAGAUCUGGCAGGCCAGAGCACUUUACAGUUGUAUUCAUUCACAUUUGUGUUCCCUGACUACAACAGUUAACUGUAUAUAGAGAAUUUGUUGUUGCUGUUACACUGGUUGCAUUCAGAGUGCUGCAUGAAUUAAAGGAUUGUUGUCUUAUAUACAUUUGUCACAGAAUUCCUGCCAUUGUAAUAAAAGACUGAAAGAUUA